CUCCAGGACAAUGUGUUCCCGCCGGUCCUGCCACAGCCACGAGACCUCGUGCCAUGAAUCCCGCUCCUCCUGCCACGACUCAGGACUCUCGUGCCACUACACCAUCCAGAGGCAGCCCGUGCAGAAGUUCAGCUACGUGACACCCUGCUGCCCCCAGGUGCAGCCCUGCUACCCUCCAGUGCAGCGUUACUGCGCCCCAGUGCAGCCCUGCUGCCCCCCAGUGCAGCGUUACUGCCCCCCAGUCUGCCCCCAGGUCACCAAGAACAUCUGCAAGCUGCCCCCGUGCUACCCCAAGUACUGAGGGCAGGAUCUGGGGUGCACUGGAUCACUCCUGCCUUGGAUGCUCUCCAUGCCUAAAGCUUCAAUCGAUGGUUCUUUAUUCCCAUUUUUAAUUUGAUCCUCGAGUUCCUCGGCCAUGGUUAGAAUUGGUUUUGCUCCUAUUCGGUUUAAUUUGCUCAGCACGCAAGACCCAGCUCAGGUUGCUUUCCAUGAAGCUGGGAAUGAUUCCUGCUGCUUUUCACCCAUUAGAGAGCCUCCAAAACAAUAAAAUUUGAUUUCCAAAAGUAAAAGAA